CGGAGCGCCGGCUCCCUUCUCCUCGUCGCCAUUUUGUGUUGGUGACUGUGGCCGGCUAGGAGGAGGCGGCACUGAGUUUCCUUGGGAGGGCAGCGCGUCGGGCGCGUCUCCCCUCCCCCUUUCCUCUCUUUUGCUCCUAGCCUUGGACUUGGUUGUUGCAGGCGUCGGCUCCCGUUGAACUAGCAGUUCUGGAGGAGGUGGCGGCUGGUGGAGGUGAUGCCUGGGAGCCCUCCCUUGACAGCCCGGGCCGAGAAGGUGAGCGCCGUUGAGGGUGGUAGGGGCCGAGGUAAGGGAGCGGGACGUGCGCGCGGUGGUGGGGAGUCUCUGCAGGAGGCAUCACCCAGGCUGGCAGAUCAUGGUGGCAGCAGCGGGGGUGGCUGGGAAGUGAAACGGAGCCAGCAACUGAGGCGGGGCCCCAGCAGCUCCCGAAAAUCCUAUCAGGACAUGGAGUAUGAAAGACGAGGUGGUCGUGGUGACAGGACUGGCCGCUAUGGAGCCACUGAUCGCUCACAGGAUGAUGGAGAGAACCGCAGCCGGGACCAUGAUUAUAGAGACAUGGACUACCGCUCAUACCCCCGAGAGUAUGGCAGUCAAGAGGGCAAACAUGAGUAUGACGAUUCAUCUGAAGAGCAAAGUGCAGAGGAUUCCUACGAGGCCUCCCCGGGCUCCGAGACUCAGCGUAGGCGGCGGCGGCGGCACAGGCACAGUCCCACUGGCCCGCCAGGCUUCCCCAGAGACGGCGACUAUCGGGACCAGGACUAUCGGACCGAGCAAGGGGAGGAGGAGGAGGAUGAGGAGGAGGAUGAGGAGGAGGAGGAGGAGAAGGCCAGUAACAUCGUCAUGCUGAGGAUGCUGCCACAGGCAGCCACUGAGGAUGAUAUCCGUGGCCAGCUGCAGUCCCAUGGUGUUCAAGCACGGGAGGUCCGGCUGAUGCGGAACAAAUCCUCAGGUCAGAGCCGGGGCUUCGCCUUCGUCGAGUUUAGUCACUUGCAGGACGCUACACGAUGGAUGGAAGCCAAUCAGCAUUCCCUCAACAUCCUGGGCCAGAAGGUAUCCAUGCAUUACAGCGACCCCAAGCCCAAGAUCAAUGAGGACUGGCUGUGUAAUAAGUGUGGUGUCCAGAACUUCAAACGGCGUGAGAAGUGCUUCAAAUGUGGUGUGCCCAAAUCAGAGGCAGAGCAGAAGCUGCCCCUUGGCACCCGGCUGGAUCAGCAGGCACUGCCGCUGGGCGGGCGGGAACUAAGCCAGGGCCUACUCCCACUGCCGCAACCCUACCAGGCCCAGGGAGUACUGACCUCCCAAGCCCUGUCACAGGGUUCAGAGCCAAGCUCCGAGAACGCCAAUGACACCAUUAUUUUGCGCAACCUGAACCCACACAGCACCAUGGACUCCAUCCUGGGGGCCCUAGCACCCUAUGCAGUGCUGUCCUCCUCCAACGUGCGUGUUAUAAAGGACAAGCAGACCCAGCUGAACCGAGGCUUCGCCUUCAUCCAGCUCUCCACCAUCGUGGAGGCAGCCCAGCUGCUGCAGAUCCUGCAGGCCCUGCACCCUCCGCUCACCAUCGAUGGCAAGACCAUCAACGUGGAGUUUGCCAAGGGUUCUAAGAGGGAUAUGGCCUCCAAUGAAGGCAGUCGCAUCAAUGCUGCCUCUGUGGCCAGCACUGCCAUUGCUGCUGCCCAGUGGGCAAUCUCACAGGCCUCCCAGGGUGGAGAGAGUGCCUGGGCUGCCCCUGAGGAGCCACCGGUCGACUACAGCUACUAUCAACAGGAUGAGGGCUAUGGCAGCAGCCAGGGCACAGAUUCCCUCUAUGCCCAUGGCUACCUUAAGAACACCAAGGGCCCUGGCAUGACUGGGACCAAAGCGGACCCAGCUGGAGCAGGUCCUGAGGCCUCCCUUGAGGCUGGGGCAGACUCUGUGUCACUGCAGGCUUUCUCCCGAGCCCAGCCUGGUGCUGCCCCUGGGCUCUAUCAGCAAUCAGCUGAGGGAAGCAGUGGCCAGGGCACAGCUUCCAACAGCCAGUCAUAUACCAUCAUGUCACCUGCUGUGCUCAAGUCUGAGCUCCAGAGCCCUACUCAUCCCAGCUCUGCCUUACCACCAGCUACCAGUCCCACUGUCCCAGAGUCCUACAGCCAGUACCCUGUCCCUGAUGUCUCCACUUACCAAUAUGAUGAGACAUCUGGCUACUACUAUGACCCCCAGACUGGUCUGUACUAUGACCCCAACUCCCAGUAUUACUACAAUGCUCAGAGCCAACAGUACCUAUACUGGGAUGGGGAGCGGCGGACCUACAUACCUGCCUUGGAGCAGUCUGCUGAUGGACAUAAGGAGACGGGGGCAUCAUCAAAGGAGGGAAAAGAGAAGAAAGAGAAGCAUAAGACAAAGACAGCCCAACAGAUUGCCAAGGACAUGGAGCGGUGGGCCCGUAGUCUCAACAAGCAAAAAGAAAACUUCAAAAACAGCUUCCAGCCUAUUAGUGCCCUACGAGAUGAUGAAAGGCGGGAAUCGGCCACUGCAGAUGCAGGCUAUGCCAUCCUUGAGAAGAAGGGAGCACUAGCUGAAAGACAGCACACCAGCAUGGAUCUCCCAAAGUUGGCCAGUGAUGACCGCCCAAGUCCACCUCGAGGUCUGGUGGCAGCCUACAGCGGGGAGAGUGACAGUGAGGAGGAGCAGGAGCGAGGAGGUCCUGAGCGGGAAGAAAAGCUCACAGACUGGCAGAAGCUAGCCUGUCUGCUCUGCCGCCGCCAGUUUCCCAGCAAGGAGGCACUCAUCCGGCACCAGCAGCUCUCUGGGCUCCACAAGCAAAACCUUGAGAUUCAUCGGCGAGCCCACUUGUCAGAAAACGAAUUGGAAGCACUAGAAAAGAAUGACAUGGAGCAAAUGAAGUACCGAGACCGUGCAGCUGAACGCAGGGAGAAGUAUGGUAUCCCGGAGCCACCAGAGCCCAAAAGGAGGAAAUACGGUGGCAUAUCUACAGCCUCUGUUGACUUUGAACAGCCCACUCGGGAUGGAUUAGGCAGUGACAACAUUGGCAGUCGCAUGCUCCAGGCCAUGGGCUGGAAAGAAGGCAGUGGUCUAGGUCGCAAGAAACAGGGCAUUGUGACACCCAUCGAGGCCCAAACACGGGUUCGAGGUUCUGGCCUGGGUGCCCGGGGCAGUUCUUAUGGGGUCACCUCAACAGAAUCCUACAAGGAGACACUGCACAAGACAAUGGUGACCCGCUUCAAUGAGGCCCAGUGAACAACUUUGAAAGCAGUUUCUACAGGCGUGGGGUGUCCAUCCAGGGACAGAGAAGAUGAGGUGUGAAGUGGUCUGAGGGAGGCUCUUCUGUCUACCAGCCUGCUCCCCAGCCAGAGAAGCUCUCACCAAAUUAGACUUGAAGUUGGUGACUUUUGCUGGGAAAUUGGGCUCAAAUCAUGUUCCUUUUGUAAUAAAAUCUAAAAAGCCUGCA